AUGGCGGCAGGAAUUUGUGGGCAAACUUGGCCGCGAUGGAAGGUUUAUACAGUGCUCCUAGUCGCCUCCAGCGUGUUGCUUCUAACGACGGGGCUUCUGCUCCACGCAUGGAUAAUACCAGAAGUGAUCCGGGCACAAAUUAUGAAGAAUUCCCGCCUGCUCGAGGGUGAGCCACUAUGGAAAAAGUGGACCGAGCCGCGAUACAAGAUCGAUUUUAAUGUCUGGGUCCACUCGAUCACGAAUCCCGACCAAAUCCUCGAUGGCGACUUGCCCGAGGUCACGACGACUGGCCCCUAUGCUUUCCGGAAAAAGAUGAAAAAUCAGAUUGUAUCGCAUGGAAAUGGUACAAUCACGUUCAAGCGCGUCGACCACAAAUACUACGACCAAAAUGCGUCGUGCAGCUCUUGCAGCCUCGAGAAUAGGGCCUGGGUCCCGAAUCUGAUCUAUCAGAAAUUCCUCGAAGUCGCGUCAACAUCAAAGAUGAGGCCCGUCGCGACGGCGCUCGUCUCGCAAACGCCGUUUCUCGAAGUCGAUGUUGGCGAGCUGCUCUUCGACGGGUACAAGGACCCCUUCCUCAAGAAUGUCUGCGAGAUCCCGUUUAUGCACAUUGUGUGCGACAGCCUGCUGAAUAUUCCCGACCGGAUUGGGAUGCUUUACGGGACUAAUGGCACCGACGACGGGACAUUCACGAUCAGCGAUGGCGUAGCCGACCCGAGCACACGUGGAAGAGUCAUAACAUGGAACGGCAAAGACCAUGUCGACGACUCCUGGUGGAGCCACGAAUCAGCGAGGCAAAUUCGCGGCACCGAGGGAAGCCUCUUCCCUCCUUUUAUCGAGAAGGGGCAACGACUCGAGAUCUUUAUCACCCAGCUUUGCCGAUCUGUCUACCUCGAGUUUCAAAAAGAAGUGGAAUACCGCGGGAUUCCCGCCUAUCGCUUUGUGCUGCCGGUCGACGUUUUCGAUACGAGGCUGCCGGAAAACCGGGGAUACUGCAACCCGAGCGAUAAGAGGUUUUUCAAUAGUCAAAAUGGCUCCGGCUGCCUGCCCGCCGGCCUCCUGGAAAUCAGCCAAUGUCGGCAAGGCAAGCCCCCGAUCGUCAUUUCCAUGCCGUCGUUCUACGGCGCGCCCGACGAGGUCAAGGCCCAUAUACGCGGCCUGAACGCGAGCAACCCGGAAACGGAUCAGAUCUACGUCGACAUCGAGCCGCAACUCGGCGCCGUCCUGCACGCGCAGCGCGUCUUCCAGGUGAACAUUGCGAUGUGGAAGGACCCGAGCUUGACGUUUCCGGUCGGCCUCCAGAAGCUCCGCCCCUCCAUCGUGCCGGUGAUCACGGUGCGCGAGAUGGCGCACAUGGACGAGGACUCGUAUCGGCGAAUAAAGGACGAACUGCUUGGCCAAACUGCGCUCGCCUAUGGCCUGACGAAACUGCUGCUCGCCGGUUCGUUGAUUUGUUGCCUGGCCGCGGCGACGAUCGCGAUAUUUGCAAAAGUGAGAGCCAUCCAGAAGCGGCGCAGCCAUGAGCUCACGAAAGAAUACGUGCCCUUCACCCCGUUUCUCCCACAAUCUGCCCGAAAGAGUUUA